AGGUCAAUAACAAACAAACCACCAGAAGAGGCGCAUAAUGUGUAUCUUUUGACCGAUGAGAUUCAAUCGACCGUAUUGAACAACUUAGCAAUGGUACUUUGCUUUGAAUUAUGUCGCUAGAACUGCUGUAAUAUUCUCUCACAGUCAGCAUAAAUAGAUUUGAAAUUCAGAGUGCUCAAUCAUAAGGCCUCAGACAUGAGUUCAGCAUCUCUGGAAACUGAUUGGGAGGGAUGGUGCGGCAACCUGAUGAUCACCAAGAAGAUCGUGAUGAAAGGCCCUUGGGGUGACAGUGCGAUGCCGCUGGGCGCCGAGUGCUGUAUUCGUGUCAGCGACUCGCAAGGGUUUCUUGAAGAUGGCUCGACAACCCUGACCACAGGAGAGGCAGACACCGCAGAGUUGCGGGCGCUUGAGAAAGUGCUGAUGACUAUGACAAUGGGAGAAAAGAGCCAAAUAAUAUUGUUCAUCGAUGGGGUGGAAAGGGGGAGGGCGACUGUUGAGCUCAAGGAGUUGAUAAACGCCGGACCUGUGUACAAAUGGACAGAGGAAAAAAUCCUAGAGAUGGCAGCCGGUUUGAAAGAAAAAGCAGUGGAUCUGUUCAAGGUUGGAAGGACAGAGGACUCUUUUUAUCUGUUUUCCAAAGCUCAUUCAAUCCUGGUCAUUGGAGAGGCGAAAGACAGCGAUGAGCUGAAAGCUACGUUAUGCUCUAACAUGGCAGCUUGUCAACUUAAGAAGAAAAAUGUCGAAAAUGCCAGAGACCUCUCACUCAUGGCUUUGGAGUUAAGUCCAGAAAUGCCGAAGGCACUCUACAGAUUAGCUGACUCUUCCAUUCAGUUAAAGGAAUAUGAAGUAGCAGAAUCCAGUUUGAAAAGCCUACUGAAAAUUGAGCCAAGUAAUAAGGACGCGCUCAAACUAUUAGCAGCGCUGAAAGACUUGACAAAGGAAUCGGAUUCACAAUAUAAGGAUAUGGUCCAAAAAAUGUUUUCGUGAUGUAAUUUAUGAUAAUUAUAUAUUUCUAAUAUAAAUAAAAGAUUGUGAAUUUUUUCAA